AUAUAUGAUUUUAUUAAUAAAUUAGCAGUUACAAAUUUGAAAUUUUUAGAAAUAUCAAAAGUUUUAUAUUAGUUAAUUAUCUUCUAAAUGACAUUAUUUUAAUUCUUUUUGGAUGAGAAUAUUUUGGCUGAGGUGGAUAGUCUCAAAAGCCUUGAAUUUAGUCCCUUUUAUAUAGUAGGAUGGUGGCUCACAUGCACUCUAAAGAAACUAAAAUGGGUUGUAUGGGAUGAUAAUGUAACCGCGUUGAUAAUUCAAAACACGACAUAUUUUCUUCAAAUAAAUAAUAUUUACUAAAAAUAAUUGAAAUAGUACUUCGCAAUUUUAUUUGAUAGUGAAACUUAUCAUAACAAAUACGAUAGCUCAAUCAUUGCAUAUUUAGAUUGUCAAGCACAUGUUAGUCUCCGUUAUUAGGAAGAGAUAAUUGUGAUCAUAAUCAUGCAAAUGAAACGCAAUAACUGAAAUAUUCUUAGAAUAUAUAAUUACAUAAUACUUGCGAGGUAUAAGAAAUAUUUAACCAUGCGCCUUGAGAUCAAACAUGGAUCUGAAUACAUUUAGUCAAAAAAAGAAGAAGAAAUGCAUACAUAGAGUUUUUAAAAAAUCAUAAUGUUAGUGAUGACGAUAUUUAUAACUAUUGUUGUUAAAUUCUGGUGUUCCAACGGAGUUUGUUGAGCCAGAAAACUCAUAUUAUUUAAGACCUACAACUUCUAUACCUAGCUGGUAUAUUGAACGUGUUGAUUCUACAUUGUAAGUACACAGAGAAACUAUGCAUGUUCAAUGUUUCCAUUUUCACGACUCCAAUCUUAGUAUUACACAUGAAGGUCCUCUUACAGAUUUAAUAAUAAUCAUAAAUACAAAUUUAGUAAUAGUUAUUACAAUAGAUAGAUAUAAAGUUUUGUAAAGUCAAUUUUAUUUAAGACACAAAAGAGUCAUGUUGAGUGGGGCUUUAGGGGUGGGUAACACAUAGACCAAAAGCCACCAUAUUCAAGAGCUGACAAGAGACUUGUCAAAAGUGUAUAUUUUCAUUUAUGAUGACUUUUGACAAGUCUUUAUUCAUCAUAACUAAUAGGACCAAACCUGUUUCAUGUAAUGGCCAGAGAUUUUAAUAAGUGGAAGAGGAGCAUGUGAGUUCUGUAACUUUGGUGGUCCCUAUCUGAUUAUAUUCUUAAGUCACCCAGAGAAAUCAGAAUCAGCUUUGAUGCUUUUCUAGGUAAACCUUAUUUUUGUUAAGCGAUCCCAUGUGAAACCCUGCAAACUCCUAAUAAUUAAAUACAAGAAAAAUAUGUUGUAUUUUCUAGGUAAACCCUACUCGAAAUUUGAUUCCCUUUACCUCCAAAGAACUCUAUAAAUUACAAGUAACUUAAACACAACUCCACCAAAAACAGUAAUCGUUCUCCGCUAUCAUAGAACAGAUUAUUCUUAUAGAUUCUAUAAAACUCUUGCUUUAGACAUGGCUAUAUUGUCACGUGUUAACAACUCUAAACCGUCCCAAAAACAGCAAUCUCGUGUUCCAAAAGGACAUGUUGCGGUUUAUGUCGGAGAAGAGAUGGAGAACAAGAAGAGAUUUGUGGUUCCCAUUUCAUACUUGAACCAUCCUUCGUUUCAGGGUUUGCUAAAUCGAGCAGAGGAAGAGUUUGGUUUCAAUCAUCCGAUUGGUGGAUUGACGAUUCCUUGCAGAGAAGAAACAUUCGUGGGUCUUUUGAAUUCUUAUGGUUGUGUUGUUUCAACUUGAGAUAUCUUUUUUUGGGAAUCCUCAAAGUUUUUUCUUUCCAUUUUAUGGAUUUUUUUGUUGGUUGUUCCCUUUGUUUAUUUCUGCAAAGGAGAACAUACUGAAUCAGCCUGUAAAUAUGUUGUGUAACCAGUCAAAUCAGGUUAUACUAUUUGUACUUCCACAAAAACAUUGAUGAAACCCAUUUUCAUGUUUUCGAAAAUAAUCUUAUUAUUAAAAUUCUUUCGGAAUAUCAAAAGUAACUUCGCUUGAUUGAUGAUUUCUAGGUAGAAGAAUCAGUGAUAAAAAGAAAAGAAAAAUAAUUACUGUUUCAGAGAUUAAAAACACGAAUUAACCUUCCCCAAUUACCAUGUACUGUACUAUUUAAAAAGUCAUUACCAUUUAAUUCGAUUCCAUUAUUUACAUGAUCAUACCAGUAGAAUAAAUUAAUUAUUUUGAUUUAAUCAAAUUGUAGAAACUCUUUUUUUUUUUAACAGUUGGUAGAAAAUCAUUAAAAAUUUAAAAAAUUCACUAACUGUUUUUUUGAAUUAUACAGAGGUAUCAUGGUCUCAACUGAAGUGAAUCCAGACUAGUCACGUGUUAGCGGCCAACGUUUUCGGUCUACAUAUCGGUCCCUUGUCUCUAGCGAUACCUAAUUUUUAAUUUACUAGUGGCUAUGACUCGAAUCCUAGUGGCUUCACUGUAUUGGACUUCAUCCUUUGAUUGCCGGUUAAUUUUCCGCCGAAUGGUAAACCCAAAGACCAUCGUUACUGAAUUAUUGCAUAGUUCUUGGAACACUAGGGCGACCUAGAGCAAGAGAAACUCUGUACUAGAACUUAACAAAGAAUUACAAUAUCAGUUUAACUAAUAUUUCGGUGGCAAAAAUCAGCCUUGUCUAAAUAAACCAAAUUCUAGGCAUAUGGGUGUUCGGGUCGGGUUCAAUUAUUCAUAAACAAAAUUUUGAAUUUUGAGAAAUAAUAGAUAAAGGAUCCGAACUUUUAUUUUAAACAAAACAGCAUAGCUUUUUAAUUAAUUGAACUGGCCAUGUUAUGGGCAAAUGAUAGGUCUUCGUCAUAAGCUUCCUUUUCUUAUUGUGAUGCAUUAACUACUGUAUAUUGGCAUUGUCAUUUAGAGGUAUGUGAUUUGCAAAUAUUUAAAAAAAAAAAAAAAAAAAAAAAAAAAUAUU